AUGAGCCCAAGUGAUAUUUUUUUGACAGUGCUGGGGAUGAAGGCAGACCGACGAACUAUGAACUUGUGGAUAUUAAUCUUAAACUUUUAUUUGUGCUGGACUUCGGUUGACGCACAGAUGGGAUUUGAUGGUCCGCUCUCUGCACAGGAGCAGAUGUACAUCCUUUAUGAAAUCAAACUGCAGUGCUACCAGAACCUCUCCAGCAUUGAACCAGGGUCAACAGAUGAGACGUGCCCUCCAGACUGGGACGGUCUUAUUUGUUGGCCACAUGGCUCCCCUGGGCUGGUUACCAAGGUUCCCUGCCCGUCUUACAUCUAUGACUUCAAUCACAAAGGACAUGCCUACAGGAAGUGUGACGGCAAUGGUUCCUGGGUGUUUGUGGACCGCUGGAACAAAACAUGGACCAACUACUCAGAGUGUCUGCGCUUCCUCCAGCCCAGUGAUGACGAAGGGAGACAAGACUUCUUUGAGCGGUUGUAUGUCAUGUAUACCAUUGGCUACGCUGUGUCCUUCAGCUCUCUGUUGGUGGCCAUCUUCAUCAUUGGUUACUUCAGACGUCUUCACUGCACCAGAAACUACAUCCACAUGCACCUGUUUGUUUCCUUCAUGUUACGGGCUGUCAGCAUCUUUGUGAAGGACAAAGUUGUUCAUUCCAGUGCUGGAUUGCAGGACUUUGAUUCAGCCCUGUUGGAUAACUUAAAAACAGUCAGCAUGGCACCACUGGACAAGUCUCAGUAUAUUGGCUGCAAGGUGACAGUGCUGCUCUUCAUCUAUUUCCUGGCAACCAACUACUACUGGAUCCUGGUAGAAGGCCUCUACCUCCACAGUCUUAUCUUCAUGGCCUUCCGAUCAGACUCAAAAUACCUCUGGGGCUUCACACUCAUCGGAUGGGGUGUUCCGGCUGUUUUUGUGGCAGUGUGGGCGAUCGUCAGGGCAACGCUAGCAGAUGCAAGGUGUUGGGAGCUAAGUGCUGGUAACAUUAAGUGGAUCUACCAGGUUCCCAUCCUGACAGCCAUUGGGCUCAACUUUGUCUUAUUUGUGAACAUUGUACGAGUGCUGGCCACUAAAAUUCGAGAGACAAACGCAGGGAGAUACGACACCAGGAAACAGUACAGGAAACUGGCAAAGUCCACCCUUGUCUUAGUGCUGGUGUUUGGCAUCCACUACAUCAUCUUUGUUGGGAUGCCUCAUACAUUCGAGGGGCCGAGCUGGGAGAUCCGCAUGUACUGUGAGCUGUUCUUCAACUCCUUUCAGGGUUUCUUUGUGUCCAUUAUCUAUUGCUACUGCAACGGAGAGGUCCAGACAGAGAUAAAGAAAACAUGGACACGGUGGAACAUGGCCUUUGAGUGGGAGGGCCCGGUGGUAUGCGGCCGCUACCGUUACGGCUCUGUUGUCGUCGGCCUCAACAACAACAGUACCAGCAGCCAGUCCCACCUGGCAGGGGGUGGCCUUUCCACACGCUCCACUACGCUGGUUUCAAGCCGUGUUUAUCGUAGCUCAGGUCCGCAGCUAAUGCAUGCCACCCUCCCAGGAUACGUGAUCAGUAACUCAGACCCAUCGAUACCUGAAGAACCCGAGGACAGUGGCCCCAAGCGGGUGGACGAUAUCUCACUGAAGGAAAAUCUGCCUGUUCUUAGUACGAGUGCAACAACAGCCGAGGAUGAGGAGGAAACACUGUAG